GGUUUCGAUGACCACGGGGCUCAACAUUCGUUCUCGUGCAUCGCCUAUCACCGAAAUACAGUGAGGGACUGAUGCUGCUCGAGUCGGGCCUUUCUCAUCCCACUUGGUCGCUUGGCCGGCGGAAUUCCUCGCUUCUUCAGCCGUGUGCCUUGUUUUGUUUUGUUUUUUCUCCUUGCAUUUCUUGUAUGAGCGAUUCAAGCAACUCGGGUAGAGAUACAGUAUGGACAAAUCCCAUGGCGACUCGCGAUUGCAUGGCUCCGGUUUGGUGUUUUAUUAUGGGGACGUUACGUCGACCUUGGCCCGUGAGCGGCCUCUCCCAGGCAUGGGCGAUGCCACACGUACUGUAGGUGGGAUUAAAUCAUCGAGCGAUUUUCUAGGGGACCCGAAACACCCGGCCACUUGGACCCAGCAGACAAAAUAUAUUCGACAGGGUCUUGCGACAAGGGCGGAUCUUCAUCGACCCUUCUUGAGAUCAAGGAAAGUUGAGGCCUUUCAGCGACCCUCUGCUAUUUCCAAACGGCGCAUCAACGAGGCGGUAGGUAGGUCGAGGGGGGAGGGCCCACGGGUGUCCACGGAACACUGGGGAUAUGACGCCGAUUCUGGGUCAUGGAGGGGCGAAAGGUCGGUGGUGGAGGGGGGGAGGGGUCCCUACAUCCCUCCCCUCGACAUAGCUAGUCUAGCACCAGCUAGAAAGCAAAGGCGAAGGUACGGAGUACAGCACAGCACAGCACAGCACGGCACGGGACGGCAUAUGAGAGCAUUGCGUAGCAGAGUAGGAUCACAAGAUAAACCAACAGCCUGCCGAAAAAGGUGUCUUCGAGGAAGACGGGUGAUCAGCAUUCUGGAAGGCCGUUACGUCUAUUCAUGUAUCCAAUAUCAGUUUAAAUGGGGGGGGUAUAUCCUGGCGGUUUUGCAGUAUUUUACUCCUGUACAGUAAGUACAGUAUACAGAUACGCAGCAACCGCCCCCCUAGUGUGGGUCUAGAAAGUGUCAGUGAGGUGAGGGACAAAUGCUACCCCUCGUCCCCGGUGCGGUGCGCUCCUCCCUCAACAAAGAUCCCAAACUACUUCU